AUGCUGCGCUCCAAAAACGCCCCAAACACCGUCAUGGGGCCACCACCCCCAAAGCGCCGACCAAACGAGCCCUUGCCUAAUGGUACCAAGCGGCAGCAGCAGCGUACUUCUCCCAGGCUAGCCAACAACAAGAGGGUGACCGACAAUGCUUCGUCCUCGCGCCCUUCUGCUCCUCAGCCAAAGCCAGCUCAAACCUUCAAGGAGCGUCUCUUUUCUCGCCCACAGAAGAAGCGAAAGCCGACACCUGAGCCUGCAAAGGUCGAUCUUCACUCCCGGCCCCAAACCACCAUUGCCCCAUUCUUCAAGAAGCUCCAAGCCGCCUUUGGAGAGGAAACCCAGCCUGCGAAGCAAAAGCCGCAGCAUAAACCACAUGAAAGGAAAUCAGAUUACAUCCGCGUUCCUCCUCCUCCUCCUCUAAAACAGCAGCAGCAGCAGCAGCAGCAGCAGCCAACAGUCCAAACCCGCAAAAGAAAACGUGAAUCCCCUGUCAAAGAAAGCAAACCCUCCUCUGAAACUGAAGACAUGCUCGCCGAGCUCCGAGCCCACUACCUAACAGCCGCCACGAAUCUCCACUCCCACGCGCUCACCUCCCUCACCAAAGCGCACUCCCUCGUUAUCAAAAAGCUCGACGACGGCAUUGGCUCCUCCGAAGAGAAAUUUCUCCAAGACGUCGAGAAGCGCGCCUCCAGGCUCUCACUGCCGUUGUCCGAGUUUGUUAUUCGCUCUGAUCAGCGCGGGAGUGAUGGUGUAAUGAGGAGCGAAAAGCAUGUGAUCAGCGACUUGGUGAAGAAAGUUGAAAAAAAGUUGGUGAAGGCAGAAAUGGAAUUGGAGGGGCUGUGGAGGGAGUGGGUGGAGAGUGAGAAGGAGAUGGAGAGGGUUUUGGAGAACGUUUUGAAGGAGGUUGAAGAUUUAAACACAGGCAAGAGCGGGAAGAAGGUGGAUGGUGAGGGUGAUGAUCUGCCUGGGGCGAGCGGAGACGCUGGAAAGGCACUCGAAGCUGACAAGAGCGAUGAGCGGGAUAUGUUGACCAAGUAUGAGGAGGCUAUCGAAGAGGAGGUUGAAAAGGCGGAGGAAGAAGUGACGAAGUUGACCCUUUCGACUUAUCAGAUGAUGAAGGAUCUUGAGAAGGAUUACCGGAAGGCGAUCAUCCCAGAUUUGCACCUCUUCUAUACCUCCAUCGAAGAUGUUUGA